GAAUCAAAAAAACAAUCAGAGGAGCAUUUCAUUGGUUUUGAUUCCAAUGAUGAUAAUGUAACAAAACAAAUUGAAUUAAAAAUAAAACGUGAGUUCAUCUUGUAUAAUUUUUAUGCUACUAAUUUGUGUUUUUAGUUACAUAUAUAAAAUGUAUUUAUUUUACAAAAAAAGUUUUAAGGGCUCGAUUAGACGAAAUCAAUAAGAUCAAUGAAGAUAAUUCUGUCACAAAUACAGUUACAUGCCAAGGGAUUGAAUGUAAUACUGUUAUGAGAGAUGACAGGUUUUAUCCACAAUAUGUGUACGAAAUGAAUCAGGCACGAAAGCCUAGUAUGAUGGUUUGUGUUGUUCAGGAACCUAAAAGUUUAAGCGAGUGAGUAAAUAUUUAAUUUUUCUUUUCUUUUGGGGAAAUACAAUACUGACCAGGCACAAAGUGGCAUUAGUCAUUGGUAUUAUUCAUUAUGAAUGAAAGUAAGUUAAAAAUUUUUUUUAAUACUUUAAUUCAUUUGGUUGUGUUUGUUUUCACGUUUUUAACGAUUAAAAUCAAUACUGUUAAUUUCCUUUCAACUUCUAUUUUUAUUUACUUAUUAUUUCACUCAAGAUUCAAGACCGGUUUUGUUUGCUUGUUUAAACGUAGAUUACUUUAUAUGUGCCUGGUCGAGAAGAUAAAAUCACAAUAAAACGUUUUUUUCAUUUUAAAACGGGAAAUAAUUAUGAACUCAUUUAUUUUUUAUCAAUUUAUUACAGAACAUCCGAAUUUGACAAUUUACCUUCAGAAGUUAUUAGCAUGCAAUCAUUUUGUGAUAUGGGCACAUCAAUGAAGCUUGUUUUCUCAUAUUUACAAAUGAAAGAUCUUUUAAAUGUUGCCAAAGUGUGUUCUUAUUGGAAUUCGAUUGCAAUGGAUAAAUUUAUAGUAAGAAUCACAAUUGUAAUAGUUAUUCAUUGAGCUCAGAUUUGAAUAUCUUAAACAAAUUCAGUUAAGACCAAAAAAUAUAGAUAAAUUAAUUAAAAUUGUGUUGUUUUAAUGACAACAAAAUAAAACAUAAUAUCUAAAAUAAUGAUAAAUGUACAUGUUUUUUAAAUUGAAAAUGGCCUCUUUUUACUUAUGGUUAAGACAAAUUCGAGACUUAUUAUAAUGAAAAACUUAAUAGUAUAAAAUAAUAUGAACAUUUUAUAAAAUACUGUCAAUUAAAAAAUUUUUUGUAUGCAUAUUUAAAAAAAAAUAAUAUUAAUAAAAACCAAUUAACAAAAUCUGGAGUAAAUCAUUUUUCAUUAUAAGAACAGUGUGUAUUUGAUUACUUGUGUAGAACAGUGAAUAAAUAAUAAAAGUAACAAAUGUAUUUAAAUCUGCGCUGUAGAAUUCAAGUUGUUUUCUUAAAAUUUAAUCAUAAACUUAUUAUUUUAGUUUGAAUUGUUUAUUAUUUUUUUCUAGUGGCAAUAUGUUCGUUUAAAAAAUGCUACGGUUCUCGAUUGGGACAAAUUUAUACACACCAUUGAUAUGCAUCGUUCAAUUUCAUUGGACACGAGACGCAUGUUAUUACCUAAAGAUAUUAAUGAAUUUGAACUCUUUUGGUCAAAGUUUUCACUAGCGAUACCCAACGCAACACAACUAAGAGCUCUUGAAUUGUAUAGAUGUCCAGCCAGUGUGGUUGAAGAUGUCAUGUGUUCAUUACAUCAACUUGAAAAACUUAAUGCCACAUCAAUAAAGUAAUACAAAAAGUUUAAUCUUCUUAUACUUUACAUAAAUAUAGCUUGUUUUAAUUUAUUAUUUAUUAUUUCUUCAGAAAUCCGUAUGUAACAACAGACGAUGCAACAAUUGUAAACCAGUUUAUGUCUGUUAAUCUAGAUAAUAUGGGUAACAUGAGAAAUCUAACAGAAUUACAAAUAAAAGGUAUAACUGGAAUUGAAUUAGUAUCAAAAUCAAAAUAUACAUUUUCUCAUAUGUCAAAACUAAAAAUUUUAGUAAGUUAACAUCAUAGUUGUAUUUAAAAAAUAACUCAAUUAUAAUUAUAGUUUUAGAUGGAGAAGUUUAUAAAUUGUUUGUACCUAUGAAUUACUAACCGUUUUCAAAUAGAUUAAUUGUCAUUUACACAUACAUACAUGUACAUGUUAGUAUUUAAAUAAUUAUUAUACUUGUAUACCAUUUUUCUACAAACUGCCCCAUAAAGAUAUACUCAUUACAAUAACUCCCGAGAAAACAAAGAUAACCAAAUAUUGAUUUGUUUUUUUAUUGCUGACAAGGAUAUGGACUACAAAUAUUCAUAUAUUUAAUAAAUUUGCAUAUUUUGGUACUGUUUAUUGUUUUGUUUUCGAAAAAUUUGAAGAUAACCAUUUUAUAGAGUUUAUGGAGUUAAUUGGUUAUUUUCAUUAAAUUCGUAAUUAUAAAUUAAUUUUUUAAAAUUCAGAGGAAAAAAGUAUACGGUCAAUCAGAUACCGAUAUUAAAAAUAGCAUUUAGCAAUUGUGAUUAUAGCCUGCUACAGAACUAUAGGUAAUUUGAGAAAUAAUUAUUAUAAUUAUUAUUAUUAUUAGGGCCAGUAUUGACUGGUUUUUAAUUUUUCUGAACUAUAAAAAUGUAUGAAAAUCACGAUUUUAAUGAAAAAUAAUAAGUUAUAACGACCAACAUUUUCGGAAGAAUACAAACUUUAUUUUACAAUAAAAGUUAUUUAUUUUAAUUUUUUUCCAAAACAAACAAAUUAAAUUCAAAUUUACAUAUGUGUAAUAUAUAUUUGGAGUCAUUAUCCCUAUGAGUAUAUAUAUUAUAUAAAACAAAACAAAAUUUACUUGUUUUAAUUAAUUAUUAAUGUAUUUUUUUUUUUUUUUUUUUUAGUCAUUAACCUCCAUAAAAGCAUUCCCUAAAGAUAUUUUCAUGAAUUUGGGGACAGUUUCCUUCGACCUCGAAACUUUAGAGAUUGGAGAUUGUGAAUUCCUUCCUGAUGAUUUCCAUAGGUUUAUAAUAAAAUUAACUAAUUUAAGAUCAUUAAGAUUAGAAAAUUGUUGUGGUAGAUGGAAACGAAUUGUAAAAAGCACGUUUAAUGCUAUUAAAUCGUUGAAGAAUUUAAAGAUUUUGGAAUUGAUCAAUAUAGAUUAUAAUGAUAGUGUGCAACAGGAAUUAGCAAAAUGUCAUAACAUCAUAGAAUUACUAAUAAUUCCUAUGUAUAAAAGCUAA